CAUAUGAGAGCAAGUUCCAAAUCGAGCAACACAAGUCCAGAGAAUGAAAAGGAACACACUCAUGCAGCCAUCAUCGUCGAUGACCAUGAUGUGACCGAGUCAGAAAUUGUGCCUAAAAUUGUGGAAGGAUCCUUGUCGACUUCCCCUUCUUCAAGCACUUUAUCAGAUGAAGAUUUCUUCCAGAUAGACACAGGUAAGCACAGCAAUUUGCAGUCUCCUUCUCAUGUGGUGUUAUAUACAACCGGAAUCAGGUCUUGAAUUCGCCAGUAAACAUGAGAUGAAAAAUGUGACACGAGAUGAAUGAAUAUAUGACUGUUGAACCCAUUUUGUCAGGUAAAGUGCCGAUUGGAACACCAUUCUCUCCCUAUGCUUCUGGUGAUAGUCUUGGAUCUGAUAAUUUUGUCAUGGUCGGGGCGAAGCAGUCUCCAUCAAUUCAGUUAAUGGGAAGAGCAGAUGUCCCUGAUCCAAACAGGAUACCUUCUUCGGUAUUCGAUAGGACCAAGUCCAACACACCGAUGGAAUGGAGUGUGGCUUCUAAUGAAUCAUUGUUCAGUAUCCACGCGGGGAAGUCCGGAGAUCUGACUAGCUUGUACGGCAACCAUUCGGAUGGAUUUCCUCCACCACUUAGCGGCUCUUCUCCAGCACGGAGUGUCGGAGUAGGAUCUAGUUUACGGCAACCGGUUGAAUCUGAAGUAACAAGUGCCCAACCCAAGAAGGAUGUUUUGAAGGCGAUCACAGAGGAGCAUGCUGAAAAAGAUAGACCUUCUACGCUUGGCAAUAUUCCCCAUUCCGAUAGCACACCUCGAUAUUCUGAUUGCGGCAGCGUGAACAGCUAUCGUUCUUUUGCAUUUCCGAUGUAUGUACUCGUUCUAACCCUCUGUCAUUUAACUGGUACGUACACAUGAAUACACUGAGAUUGACAUACAUGCUUGUGAUGUCCAUUCUUAUUAUCCUCGAAUCUAUUCGAAGCAAAACAUGAGAUGCUUGAAGCCAGAUAGAUACAAUUCAAGUUUGGCUAUAUGGUGCAACUACUGUUUUAUAUUAAGAUAAAAUUUUAAUGAUGCUGUGGGGAUGUCAGAUGUCUUGGCAAUGAAAUUUAAAUCUGUAAAAAUGUUUUUUUUCUCCUCUUCUAAGUUAAUCUGUUUCAGAUUGACAGUGGAAGGAAGAAAUGGAUCUUUUAAAGGUGAAUCUGUGCAACCAUUUGAAAAGGAGCAGACGCAGCAGCCUCAACCACAAUCGGAAGAGCAUCCUGAAGCAGACACUCCAAAAACAAAACAAGUUGCAGCACGAAGGACAUGGCUCAGAUGGCCUUCAUGCUUUUCUUGUUGCUCGUUCUGUUGUUGAGUUAGUGAGUUACGAUGCAACUCGAUUACUCCUUUUAGUUUUUGUUUGUUGACAUCCAUUUCUUGCCAUGUCGACUGA